AUGUUAACUUACGGUGUUGUGGAUAGGAACUAUCUUGACCUCCCGAAUUACCGUCUUCCCUACACCAUUGACGAAAGAGAUUGGGACAUUAGCGCGCACUGGUUCCGCCCUGGCGCGAAGUCACCUCAUAUCAAAGUCUUGAUGUUCAAUGCCAUUCAAGGGCAGGAGGAUUUCUUGAUUCGGGAAGAGAUCCUUACGAUUUUAGGCGUUAUGAUGCAGCGCUUGAACACAGAUGGGUUAGAGAAACACGUUGUGGCCCCUGUGAUGUUACUGUCAUUCAUGGGUGAAUGCCACGGGAGAAUCGCAUAUUUUGAUGGAGACAAGCUAGUGAUCCAAAGGUCGAAACUAUAUCGGUUCUACAGUGGCGAUUGGAAGUCUUAUCUAUUGUUCUUGACUUAUCUGGCCGCUGGAGAGGUCCAGCAGACACUAUGA